AUUAUUCGAAGAGUAAACCACAAAUGAAUAUGGUAUUUUGUCUUCCAUGUUACUGAUAUAAAUUCCUCCCUAAAAAAAUCCACUCUUAUAAUUAUGUUGGCGUCACUGGUUGUAUUUUGUCAGUUACUAUUCAAUUUAUUUAAUACUCACUAACUUACGCUUACCUUCAAAAUUUUAAAUUCGAGUUAACACUUAACAGUUAACACUAAACUUAUGUUAUUAUUCUAUUCUGUGUUAUAACAGUUAAUGGGUUGUUUUGAUUCUGCGUUUUCACAAAUAUUAAGUGGUUAGCGCUUAGUGCUUACUGCUAAUACAGCAAUACUUGUGCCGUAUUAAAUACCUGUUUUACAUUUGAAAUUAUCUAGACAAAAUGAAUGAAAAUUCAUCUCAAAUUAAUGAAAGCUCUGUAAGCUCAUCAUUAAACUGUCCUCGUCCUAGUGUAACUACAAUUGAUAUUUUGAAACAAGAAUUAUAUCAAACACAAUUGCAAUUAAAAACCAAAAAUGCAUUUAUUAGUGAACUUCAAAACGAUGUAGAGCAAUUACAAAUAGUAGAAGAUGAUAAUAUUAAAUUGAAAUCAGAAAUUUUAUCAAAAGAAUCUGAUUUAAAGCAAUGGACUGUAAAAUAUUCUAAUUUAGAGUUUAAAUUAUUAGACCAACAAAAAGAACAUUUAUUACAAAUAGAUUUGUUGAAUGAGCAACUAUCAGUUUUAAAUAAUUUAAAAGAUAAACCAAAGGAAGAUUUACCAGUAAAUUUAAAUGAAAGUAUUAUCACGGAUUUAAAAACUGAAUUAAAUGAAAAAAAGGAAAAAUAUGAAGAGAUGCAAAAUAUGAUAAACAAUCAAGAAAUUAUCAUUAUGGAGUUAGAACAUUCAAAAAGUAGAGCUAUUGAAGAAUUAGAAGAGUAUAAAAUAAAAGUUAAUUUUAAAACUGAUCAAUUAAAUGAAUGGAAGCAAAAAUAUGAGACAUUGCAAGAAGAAUGUGAAAUGCUCAGGUUGCAACUCAAUAGUAUAAAUAACCUGAAUGAUCAUAAUAAAAGAGGAAAUUCAUUGUUUGCUGAAGUUGAUGACAAAAGACAAGCAUUAACAACCGAGCUAGAAAUGAAAAGAGAAAAAUAUGAAACUUUAAAAAAAUGUUUAUCAAAAGCCAAUCACGAAAACAAUCAAAUGAAGAUGGAAAUGAUGAGAUUAGAAAAACAGUUGUUAGAAACGGAAAGAAAUGAUGACUUAGAAAAAUCUACUUUGAUUCAGAGUUAUAAAAAUCGUAUUAGUGAUUUAGAAGCUAAAAUAAGAGAAUUAGAUAAAAGACCAGAGACUCCACAAGUAUUAAAAAUAGACAAUUUAAGCAAUGAUGGCAUGAAUGUUGUUCUUCAAAUUGUAUCUGAUGUCCGAAAAGAGAAGAAAGCAUUGGAAGAAGAAAUGAAUAGAAGGUCUAUUAGAGAUAUGGAAGCUCGACAACAAUGUUUUAAAGGAGAAUGUGAAAUUCGUCAGCUUAAGAAAGAGAUGAGAAGAGACAAACUGCAAUUAAAAGAAUUAGAACAACAAAUUUCUGUAUUGAAAUCUAAAUUAUCUUCAUCUAAGGAAAACAUAGGGGAAGAUAAACGAAUAACAUCAAAAGGAGUACGUUUUCACAAUAACUGUAAGAUUGAAGAUGGGGGUCCUUCUUUGAAACUAGCAAAAAAAAUACCACAACAAGCUGUUUUGAAUACAAUUGUUUGUCCAAAAUUAGAAGAAGUAUAAAUUAUUAAAUUAUAA